AGACGAUAAGAGAGUUAGUUUUAAAUUUAUUAACCCAACUAAUUAAUGUAUGUUAUAUUGAAAACGGUAAGAUAACUGAAAAGAGGAAUAUGAUAACAAAUAUGCGUAGGAUAUUUAAUUUUUAGUAAUCUUUCUCUUUCUUUGCUUUCAUAUUUUGCUUUCCUGUUAGUUAGAUUGAAAAUGCAAGGAAAAUCUAUAAACUUGUAUUUAUAGAUUUCUUAUAAUAUAUUUUAGUAAACAUUAGGCCUAUUUAUCCUAUUAAAAAGACUCCUUUUAAUGUAUAUAGGCCAAAAUAAUAUUCAAACCUUAUUGGUAGUUUUGUUGUAGUUUAGGAAGAGUUUAACUAAUAAAUUGCAUUGAGAAGGAGAAUAUAGAAGAAAAUUUAUAGAAAGUAUAGGAAAAUCAAGUAAGUAAAAAUGAAUUUUUCUCUUUAUUUAUAAUAGAUUAAUGCUAUUAGGUGUAGAACAAGACGUUAUAAUUUUGAUUGAUUUCUGCUUAGAUUGCUGAAAAAAAAAUGAACAAUAAUGUAGGAAUUUCAAAUUGUAAUUAUAAAGAAGAUGUUGAUGAUGAGGGAAAGGGCGAAACGCAAGGGGAACAAAUUCAACCUAGUACUAUAAAUAUUGAAACAAAUAUUGAAGAAGCAUAUAGCAAUAAGGACCUACUAUUGGCUGGAACAUUGGUAAGAGAUGCAAUGUCUGGUAGAUGUUUACAUUUUAAAACGGAUGAGAAGUCACUUAGAAUAAUAAAUCAACUGAUGUUUCAAGAUAAAAAAUCCUUUUUAAAGGAUCCUAAAAACGUUACUGUUGUUGCAGUCAUUGCAUUGACUGUAGUUGAUAUAAUUGGAUAUCUUAUAUGGUACAAUUUGGGUUCGAAUGCUAUUAGAUGGUCUAGAGUUCUACGUCCUUUAUAUCUGAUAAAUUUCCCUCAAAGUCGGCAAGUUCGUCAAGUUUUUAGAAAUAUUCGACGAACUCUUCCUGGUAUUCUAAGUGUCCUUGUACUAUAUUUUUGCAGUUUAUUAUUCUUCUCACUCAUGGCCUAUAAAUUAUUCGAAAAGCAGAACAUUUCGUAUUCGGAUGGAAGAAAAUAUUUUCAAAAUUUUUUCGAUGGAUUUUGGGAUUUAUAUGUUCUUGUAACAAGUGCCAAUAAUCCCGAUGUUAUGAUACCAAGUUAUAACAAAUCGCAUUAUUACGCCAUCUUCUUUGUACUAUUUCUAGUAAUUAAUUUAUUCUUAUUUAUGAGUAUUGUCCUGGCUGUUAUUUAUAACAACUAUAGACGCCAUUUAAAGAAUGAAAUAAAACAUCUUCUAAAGAAUAAACAAGAAUAUUUAGAUCAAGCAUUUAAUCUUCUCAAAACAACAACGAAUGGCUUUGUUGGAAUUAAUAAAAUAACAUGGAAUGAAUUACUAAGUAUUGCUAGGCCAAAAUAUUCCAGAUUACAAUCAGUCCUAUUAUUUACGGUACUAGAUACAAGUGAUAACGGUGUUAUAGAAAGAGAUGAAUUUUUAAAGUCAGCUGAUUUGUUAAAUAUUGAAUUAGUUGAAAGAAUGAACGUAAAAACAAUACUAGAAGUGAAAUUUCCUAAAAUGUAUAAUCAUAAGAUAAGCAUAAAACUUCGUGAAGUAGUUGAACAUAGAUUUUUCCGUUGGUUUUUUGAUGUAUGCAUUGUUGGAAAUGCUAUUUGUAUUGGUUUCAAUUUAGAUCCUGCUGAAUGGGCGUUUUUGGCAUUAUUUAGCAUAGAAAUUAUACUUAAAAUAUAUACUUAUGGAGUAAUAAACUUUUUUAAAAAUAAGUGGAAUACUUUUGAUUUUAUCGUUAUAUUUACUGCUCUAAUUAUGACGAUCGUAGAAGCAUUUUUAAAUAGUAAAAGUUCGGUUAGAAUGCAAAUUCUUGCUAUCUUACUUGUUCUAAGAGUACUUAGAUUACUUCGUAUUGCAAAUAGUAUAACUGCUUUUAAGACAAUAAUUUCAACAAUAUAUAAUAUAGCGCCUUCUGUAGGCGUGUACGGAGCUGUAAUCUUUGUAUUCUAUUAUAUUUACGGUAUUUUGGGUAUGGAAAUCUUUCAGAAUAGAAUAAAGUUUUAUGGCUAUAAUAAUACAAACUCAACUGCUGUAAAAUGUGGAAAUGACGCCUUACAAUUAUCCGAAUUUGCAAAUAGGCGUUAUUGUUCAUUAAACUUUAAUAAUUUUCUUUCAUCUUUAAUUGUCUUAUUUACGUUGACGGUUGUUAAUCAAUGGCAUAUAAUCGCUCAAGGUUUCGUUCUUGUCACUUCUAAGGCUGCUAGAUUAUUUUUCCUAACAUUUCAUGUUACAUGCGUAACAUUGCUACUCAAUAUUUUUACUGCUUUUGUCUUAGAAGUCUUUAUUCUGGAAUAUACAAUUUCAAGGACUGAAUUACAAAGUGCUGUUGAAAGCCGUAUUAAAGAAUUGGGCUUGGGCGUUGGAAUGAACUUACCUAAUUCAUCGAAUGCAUCGGAUAAUCAAAAUAUCGUCGAUGGUAUUGAACAAGAUCCAGAAUCGUCACAUUCUGGUACAUCAUAUGAUGAUAUCCUUACGAAGGAUUACGGCAUACGUUUCAAACUGCGUAAAAGACAUCGUAAACAUUUAAUAACUCUAUUAAGAAAUAUGUUUGAAAGUGAACUUGAAAAAGACGACGAAGAAAGGAGGGAUAUUGUUAAUAUUGGUGUCCACGAAAUCGAUAAGAGAGAAUCUAGAAAAUUUACGAACGCUUAA